AUGAAUUAUAGUGCACAGUGCACUAUCAUACAAAAAAUUAGGACGCAAGAAGAUGCGAUGAAGAAGGAAAACUUUGUCCAUGCAUCACUUGAGAAAAUAAAAGUGCAAUUAAUGUUUGUUGUUGGCAACAAAAGCAAGGAGAAAUCAGAUGGUAAACAAACAAGUUGUUUGGGCAGUUUUAAAUUAUUUUAA